CUUGCCUCUUUGUUAACCCUCAGUCUACCGUGCCGUUCAUUCUGUGAGGAGAUAGUUGUUACCUGUGGAGGGGAGAUGUUGGCGGAGAUGGGGCUAGACUGGCUCAUCCUUGGCUGUUACACACUGCCAGAGAAGGAAUGUAUCAAGCCUGAUGCGUAUAUGGGGUCAUGGCAGCUCAACAUGACACUGGGUGGUGCAGCCUGCCAGCCUGUUCGCCAUGGCCGUUGCUCAGCGAUGGAUUACGCUUACACGUACCCCGCCUUUGGCCUGCCGAGUCACGAGUUUCCCCUCGCGAUAGCGUCUGCCAUGUUCACAGGAAUGGACGUCCUCGGACUGUCAGGUUGCCACCCUAACCUGGACGACGUUGUAUGUGCCCUGUUCUUCCCAAACUGCUCUGUCGAUUGGUUCAAACUGCCAUGCCGCCCCCUGUGUGAGGAGAUCAUCAUGACCUGUGGUGCACCAGUACUGGAGAUGUUGGGACUGGACGAAACUCCGCUCAGCGCAGCUCUGCCCCUCCUCGCUGCAGCCUGCAGUGCUCUGCCUGAAGAGGACUGCGUACCUACAGACACACCCAAGGAAAUGUUGGGUCCCUCUGCUGACAUGAUGCUGAUGAUGAGUCUGUAUAAUGGAACAGAAUGCGAGCCAGUCCCCAACGAUCGCUGCGCAGCCAUGUACCCCGAGACACGUUUCAUCAACGACCUUGACCGUGGUCUGUCUGCCGGCCUGGCACCAACGCUGUUCGGAACGUUGGAUCUGCUGAUGAUGACGGGGUGUCAUCCUUACAUGGAGCUGUUUGUGUGCUCACUGGCAUUCCCUGAGUGCAAGCCUCAAGGAGUGAAGAUGCCGUGCCGGUCGUUCUGCCAGGAGAUCCUGCACACCUGUGUGAUCCAGGCACUGAACUCAACGGAGCUGGAGUCUCUCAUGUUUGCCUGCUACGCACUGCCUGAAAAGGACUGUAUCUCACCAUAUCUGCCCCAGUACAUUGAGACAGCACAAAGCAGCAUGGCAGCCCCACAGAACAGCUCAGAGUGCCACCCUAUCCGGUUUGACCGGUGCUCUGCCCUCCCCUACUCCGACACCCGGUUCCCAAACCUCCUCAUGCAGCCCAACCAGGACUUUGCCAUCGCCUCGGCAACCGGCGUGCUCUCGGUACUGGACAUGCUGGGACUGUCACAGUGCCAUCCUGACAUGGACGCAGUCGUCUGUUCUCUCAUGUUCCCUACCUGUGAACCGGAGGGCAUGAUGCUGCCAUGCCGAUCGCUGUGUGAGGAAGUCAUCACGUCCUGCGGGGUCCCAGUGUUAGGGCUGGUAGGGCUUGCUGACACCCCACUCACCGCCGCCCUCCCCUGGCUGGCCAUGGCCUGUCUGGCCCUUCCUGACGAGAACUGCCUCGCUCCUACUUCACCUACAAGCCCACCUGUUUCAGCUAUGGCUCCAGGAUUGGGACAGAUCCUAUACAACAACACAGUAUGUACGCCCGUUCCGUAUGAACGCUGUUCCGCCCUGCCGUACUCGGAGACAAGGUACCCUGGCAUGCUGGGGGCAGACUUCGGUCCGCAGCUGGCGUACGGCGUGGUUCCCAACAUCUUCGGGGUCAUCAACCUCAUGGAGAUGUCUGGUUGUCACCCUCAACUAGACGUCUUCAUCUGUGCCAUGUCUUUCCCUGAGUGCUCUUCUGAAGGAGUCAAGAUGCCGUGUCAGUCAUUCUGUCAGGAGAUCCUGCACACCUGUGUGAUCCAGGCACUGAAUGCCACGGAGUUGGAGUUCCUGAUGUUUGCCUGCUACGCACUGCCUGAGGACAACUGCAUCGCUGCACCUGGACCAGAAGCACCAAUGAGUGAGGCUGCCUCCUAUAAAAGCACAGACUGCCAGCCACUGCGUUACGGCCGCUGUUCCUCCCUGCCCUACUCGACCACGCGGUUCCCCAACCUGGUGAUGCAGCCCAACCAGGACUUCGCCAUCGCCUCCGCUCACGGCAUCAUGAGUGUGCUGGAUAUGGUCGGCCUGACGCAGUGCCACCCUCGUCUGGAGACCAUCGCCUGUUCGCUGUUCUUCUCUUCCUGUAAACCGCAGGGAUUCAUGUUUCCGUGCCGAUCCUUGUGUGAGGAGAUCAUCACGUCGUGUGGAGGGCCAGUACUCGGGCUGGUUGGCCUGGAGGAGUCGCCACUUGUGGAGGUUGUACCGUGGCUCGCUGUAGUCUGUAACGCUCUUCCAGACACAAACUGCAUUGGAGAGGAGUCAUCAUCAUCAGGUAAACCUGGCCAGGCAAGACCUCACAACCACACUGCAUGUGAACCUGUGCAGUACGACCGCUGCAACGUUGUGCCAGAUGCCAUGACCAUCUUCCCCAACUUCUUUGGCUUGCCGAGUCAGAACUACGCCCUCAUUGCCACACCUGCUGUCAUGGGUCUCCUAGACAUUCUCCAGGUGUCCAGGUGUCAUCCUCACCUGGAUAAACUCCUCUGUUCUCUCUCCUUCAAGCAGUGCACACCUGAUGGCGUCAGGAUGCCUUGUCGCUCCUUCUGUGAGGAAGUCAUCGCUACCUGUGGCGGCCCUGAGCUGGAGUUUCUCUCCCUGGCCUGCUACAUCUUCCCUGACACCAACUGUUAUGCCCCUGCUCCAUACAACAUGUCCUCUCUAACUGACAUGUCGGCAAUGCACAACAAGACUGGACCAUCCAAUGAAACUGUUUGUGAGCCAGUCCGUUACGGUCGCUGCUCCGCCCUGUCGUACUCCCACGCGAGGUUCCCGAACGCGCUGGGCUUCCCGCUGCAGGAGUUCUCACUUGCCGCUGCGCCGGCCGUGUUCGAGGUGCUGGACAUGCUCCAGCUGUCCGGCUGUCACCCCGCCAUUGACUCACUCGUCUGCUCCCUGUUCUUCCCGGAGUGCUCGCAAGGGGACGUCAGGUUGCCAUGCCGAUCGUUCUGCCAGGACGUGGUAGCGACAUGCGGAGGCCAGCUCCUGGCUAUGGCAGGGUUCGAGUGGAUCAACGUUGUCUGUAACGCACUUCCUGAUCACAACUGUACUAGUCCAGUGCUACAAUGUGAGCCUAUACAGUACGGCCGCUGCCAGGCCAUGCCCUACUCCGCAACUCGCUUCCCCAACGUGUUCGGGAUCCCUGACCAGACCGCGGCCCUGACGAUAGCUCCGGGGGUCUUCAUAGGACUAGACUUCCUCUCGGGAUGUCACCCGGACAUGGAGUUCCUCACCUGUUCACUACUCUUCCAGGAGUGCACUCCUGAUAGAGUCAGACUGCCUUGCCAGUCCAUGUGCCACGAGGUGGUUGGAACCUGCGGCAGAAUGAUUGACAUGGAGUGGCUGUCAAUCAUGUGUGAUGCCCUCCCCAGGGAAAACUGCAUCGAGAGUGCCGGGCCGUGCAAAAGACAUGAGUUUGCAUGCCGCUCUCCGGGAGGAAACGUUACCUGCAUCGAUGCCGAUCUGAAGUGUAACGGCAUCUGGGACUGUCCGCUGGGACAGGACGAGAUUCCCUGUGCAGAGGAAGGUUCGUGCCAAGUUUGGCAACACCAGUGUGACUCCCCUGUCCUCUCCAGGAGGAAGAGAGAGGACCACAAUGACUCCAGGAUGGAGGAGGAUGGAGAGGAGGACCAUGAGGGACCCUGGGAGGAGGAGGAUCACAUGGGACCCAGGUGUAUCGACCAAUGGAAGGUCUGCGAUGGGCGACCUGACUGUCGGUCUGGAGACGACGAGUCACCUGAGCGCUGUGCCGACCGUUGUGAGCCAGUGCAGUAUGAUUUCUGCGCCGGUCGUGAGGACAGCACCGUGUUUCCAAACCUGGUCGGACAGCGGACACAACAAGAACUCCUCAACGCCUCGGUAGAGACAACAGCAAUCCUGCAGCAGCUACUCGACAGUUCCUGCCACCCCAACAUGUCAUCAGCGAUCUGUACCUCGGUGACCCCCCACUGUGAGGACAGCAGGAUGAUUCCCGUUUGCCGAGGGGCCUGUAGCGAUGUGAUGCGCCAGUGUGCAUCUGUGUACCAGGGGAUCAUGCUUCCUGUGGACUGUACCAUCUACCCUGCGGACAGGGGGCCAACACCCUGUGUUACCAUGGAAGGCAUGCAGUGUGGACCUGACCAGAUGAGAUGCAGAUCUCCAGAGGGAAGUCUGUCCUGUGUGCACCAUAACCUGGUGUGUAACGGGAGGCCUGACUGUCCUGAAGGGGAAGAUGAACAAGACUGUGAAUGCCAGCCAAUCCGGUUUGACCGCUGCGCCGGUCUGCCGUACUCCCAGACCCGUUUCCCCAACAUCCUGGGUCUGCCCAGUCAGGACUUUGCUGUGAUGGGCGCGUCGGCAGUCUUCACAGCCAUGGACUUCCUUCCCAGCUGUCAUCCUCACCUGGAGUCUUUCUUCUGCUCUGUCUUCUUCUCAGAGUGCUCACCUGGAGAUGUCAGGUUGCCGUGCCGCUCAGUCUGCCAUGAUGUCAUCACCUCCUGUGGAUACCCGUUGCUGGGAGAGUUUGUCCACUGGCCAACACUCCUCUGCAACGCCCUGCCUGAGCACAACUGUGUCGGCCCUGAAUCAGACUGUACUGAGGGCCAGAUGGAAUGCUGGGACAUGUCUGGAGGCCACACCUGUUUAAGCACCAGCCUGAGGUGUGAUGGGAACAGGGACUGUCCGCUUGGAGAGGAUGAGAUGCACUGUGAGGCGAAGUCGUGCGCAGAGGAAGAGCUGGAGUGCUGGACCCCAGGCAGGAGCAUCUCAUGUGUGGACCGGGCACUGAUGUGUGAUGGGGAGUGGGACUGUCCGUUUGGAGAUGAUGAACGGGACUGCGGAACAGGUUCCUGCAUGCCGUUCCCCGAAGACCUGGACUUUUGUUCCCACAUCACUGGCUACCACCGCGUCUCCUUCCCCAACUCGUUUGGACACGCUUCCUUCCAGGCCGCCAUGUUCUCAGAAGAGUUUGGAAAGCUCAUGAAGAUAGCGCCGAUGAUCGCAGAGAGCUGCUACGAGAACGUCUACGUCGCAGCUUGUACACUGUUCUUCCCAAAGUGUGAGAAUGGGACAAAGGUUCUCCCCUGCAGAAGUGUGUGUGAAGAUCUCCAGUCCAACUGCAUGAUGAUGGAUGACCUUGAGUUACCCUUGUCAUGUGACAUGUUUCCAGACAAUGCUGAGGAUCACGCCUGCUCCUCUGCGGAGGCAGUAGCAUCAUCUGGAUGUGAACCUGUGCAGCAUUACCAGUGCGCAGCGCUCGGUUACCAGACCAGGUUCCCUCAUCCGUUCCUCGGGUAUGAGACCCAAGAUGUGGUGUUUGGGGAGUUUGAGAAAUACCUGCAGAUCUCUGACUGCCAUCCGUACUACAUAGACUACCUGUGCCAGUUCUUCUUCCCCAGGUGUACUCCUCUAGGAGCCAGACCCAUGUGUCGCUCCUACUGCUAUGAGAUGUCAGAGGCUUGCUGGAACGAUGCGGUGGCAGUCGGGAUCCAGUGGGACACGCGGGGCUGCGAUCUGCUUGAACUACCCGAGGAAAACUGCAUCAGGUCUCCUUUUGCGGAUGUGAAGCAGUGCAACGCUCGUCAGAUGACCUGCCAGCGGAACUGGAACGAGACGCACGCGGUGUCGGACCCGAUCUGUCUGGAGCCCGCUCAGCUGUGUGAUGGGAAACAGGACUGCCCGCUAGGCGAGGAUGAGGAGGACUGUCCAUGUGAGCCCCAGUUGAGCAGUGAGGCAUCCUCCCUGGCGCAGAGUCUUCAGUCCGGCCUGGCGAGCUUUGCGAACAUCCCGGGCAGACUGGAGGACGUACUGCAGUCCAAAUGUGAAGGUUGCCAGCCCAUCACCCUGCCCCUGUGCCUGGACAUGCCGUGGAAGGCGACCCGAUUCCCCAACAUGCUGGGCCACCCGGGUCAGCUGACCAUCCAGGCAGACAGGGACACCGGGAUCUUGCUCAGUCUGCUGGCUAACAGCAAAUGUCAUGAGCACAUCCACUUUGCGGUGUGUGCGGCGGUGACGCCAAAGUGCGAGGGCGGGCGCCGUCUGUCCGUGUGCAGAAAGUUCUGUAGACAGAUCCAGGCGAGCUGCGAGCACGUCCUGGCCAGUCUGGACACACCCUGGCCAUUCGACUGUGACGGGAUGCCCCUGCCUGAAGAAGACGUACCAUGCAUCACUCCUAACACACUUGUUGAUGUUGAUGAGUGUGCUACAGGCCAGUACAGGUGUGACCGUAAUGCGGUGUGCAGAAACCUGUUUGGCUCCUACACCUGUGAUUGCAAGCCUGGCUACAAUAGCACAGCGGUCAAUGGGACUGGCUUCCCUGGGGAAUGCAGAGACAUAAACGAAUGUAAUGCCACGAAGUCGGCUUGCGGACCCCACGCGAAGUGCCACAACUUCCCGGGCGAUUUCAAGUGCAGGUGUGACCGUGGAUACGAGAAAAUCAACGCCACACACUGUACAGAUACGGAUGAGUGCAGCAGUGGUCUAAGCGGCUGUUCUAACCUCUGUAACAACACAGUCGGGUCUUACAUCUGCCACUGCCCGCCGUUCUUCGAACUGGACCCACAAAACAACAGGACCUGCAAACCUGCCCUGUCUUGUUCUUCGUCCAACCCCUGCUCCCCCGCAGACGUGUCGACCUGUGCCGUGACAGACGACGGUUACAAGUGUGGCUGUCAGGCAGGGUACAUACUGGAACAACGCAGCAAGAGGCUCUGCAUCAACAUCAAUGAGUGCUGGUGGGGCACCAACAACUGUGACCGACAGCUGGCUAUCUGCACAGACACACGGGGCAGUUUCACCUGCUCCUGUAAACCUGGGUACACUGGUACAGGGACAGUGGGGGAGUGUGAGGAUGUUGAUGAAUGCACCACGGGAGAGUACCAGUGUGAUGAAAACGCUGAAUGUGUGAACGAGGUCGGCUCCUACACCUGUCAGUGCCGUACUGGGUACAUGAGUGUUUCACGUAAAGGAACAGGGUUCCCUGGGGAGUGCAAAGAGCAGCGUUUGUUCCCGUACGGCGCCUUUGCGGGGCACUACCCACUCCUGGCACUACCUCGUCGUGAUGCCGUUUCCCCGCUCAUUCCUGUACCAAACGGACUUCCCAUCCGAGGCGGGCAGCUCGCCAACUCUCUCUACGUCUUGGAAGACGGAGUUAUCGUGGCCACCAGCUUCACUUCUCGUCGUGAUGGGGCGGCAAAGAAGAUUUUCCGGCACCCGACCAUGUCCAGGGAAGCCUUUGAUGGACCUCUGCUAGCAGUGUUUGCGCCAUUCUGGGCAGACAGUGCCAUGGGGAGGGGGUACCCAUCUAAGGUUUGGUACUUCCCCUACACCCCCGGCACCCCUAACUAUGACGAGGUGUUCAGCGUGGCAUCAGAAAACAUACAGAACCAUUUUGGAGUGGAGAACUUCGACCCCACGUUUGUUCUGGUGGUGACCUGGGAGAACAUGGCCAUGGCAGGGGAGGUCGCCAGGAAUAACAUCAACCUCAAGCUGGCAAAACAAGAAUCUUUCAAGGAUGUGGAGGCAUCAAAUGGAACGCAUGUCUCACAUGAGAUUAAGACGAACACUUUCCAAGCCGCCCUGGUGACCGAUAACGUCCACACGUACCUGGGUAUGUACUACGCAGACGGCGGGAUGCGAUGGGACCCUCAGAUCACCCCUAACAACCUGGUGGGUGGGAAAUGGCCCGCCUUUGUCGGCAUGGUAACCAAGGGUACGGACGGAGGGAUUCUCGUGGAUGAGGCUGAAGGCUCCAGGACUAAGGCAGUGUUUUCAAAUGGCACCAAAGACUGCUCGGAACCUAACGUGUACUGUAUGGACAGGAAAGUUUCCCCCACCACUAACCGGACAGGCAUCAGGGUGGUGCAGGUGGACGACAACCCGGCUGACUGGGUCAACCCCAGACUCUGGUGCGCAGACUGGUACAAGAGAGAGCCGGACCCUUCCCUCUACUCCAGUGUGAUAUCGUGCCCUCUGACCCGGACCCACGCAGGGCUGGAUCAGCGUUUCCGCCAGCUCCCAAACACAGAGGACAACCGGCGGGUCUGCUUCGAGCAGAGGGACAACUCAGGAUUCACAGACGGAGGAAACAACGUCUGUUGCUAUCGUCGCAACGGAGCCUUCAUUUUCAACUCCGUCUGGGCCGGCAACAUGCACCGAUAUGCUGCGGAUUCCCAAGAGUACCAGGACUCGGACUUGUUGCCAAGGCAACACUGUUGCCAGGAUACGGGCAGCGCCUACUGCAGGAUGUACCUCAGCAAACGACCGAUGCAGCACAACGCUGGGUACGAGCCACCCAAGAUCAGUGCUGGAGCAGGUGACCCUCACCUGACCACCCUAGACGGUCUGUCUUACUCCUUUAACGGACAUGGGGAGUACCUGAUGGCUAACACGACGGACGGCGCCCCUCGCGGAUUCCUCAUGCAGGGUAGGACUGCACUGGCAAAUGUGGAAGAAGGGAAAACACCAUUAGCUACAGUCUUCAGUGGCAUUGCUGUUCAGCAGGGCAGCACAAGUGUACAGCUGUACCUGGACAGCACAGGCUCCAGUCUGGAUGUGUACGUGGACAGCACACAGGUUGCGCUGUCCGACAUUGCCAGCGGCAGCAGCAAUCAGUUCAGCGAUGGCGAGUUUGAGCUGAUCACAGAUUCCUCCAGUGGAGCUGUGACUGGUGUGAAGGUCAUCUUCACAUCUGGGAUCUCUGUACAGGUGGAUGCUGGCCUGAACAUGCUGACCUACGCUGUCUCCAUGACCCCUGACAUGAAGGGCCACAUGAAGGGCAUGCUGGGUAACUUCAAUGAUGACAACACCGACGAAUUCUACUGGCCAAACGGAACUGCGGUUGCCCUUAGCAACGCGACGAACCCAGCAGAGGCAGAGACAUUCCCAUGGGGACAGGCCUGGGCUCUGCCAAACUACGCUGCUGAUGAACUGAGUGCAGAUCCUUCCACAAUCUCGCUGUUCAGUGUUUAUCCUAACGGCCAGAACGCCGCGACCUACGGAAACCUGACCUUCCAACCCCUGUUCUUUGACCUUGACACCAUGUUUGCUACAGAAGCAGACAGGUUGAGAGCUAUUGAGGUUUGUGGUAGCGCCACUGCCAAAGAAUGCCUGUUUGACAUCGCGCUGACAGGAAACGAGGCGGUUGGAGCUGCCGCCGCUGCAGCACUGGAGGCAGCUGCCAGUAGCAACGCUGCUCUGGACAACAUGCCGCCUGAGUUUAAUGUGACAUCAGAGGUUCGUGUGACGGUUGGGAAGGAGUUCGGUCUGCAGCUGGAGGCCACGGAUGACGGGACAGUCACCAUCUCACUACAGGACGGGACGCCGGGAAGUAUCAACGCUACAAACUACUACACAUGGACUCCAGCUGACACUACAAACGUCACCCUGGAGUUUGUGGCUACUGAUGACGCCGGCGCUGCAACUCUCGCGUCUCCUGAUGUCACAGUCUGCUCCUGCCAGAACAACGGCACGUGUAACUGGGAGGCGACCCUAGCCGAGCGGAGUAACGGGUUUGCCCUGGCCUCCUGCGACUGUCUGCAGGGCUUUGAAGGGGACGAGUGUGAGACUGACACCGAUGGCUGCUCAGUCACUCCCUGCUAUCCUGGUGUGAGCUGCACGGACGCUGAAGCCCCUCUAGAGGCGGACGCAGUUGGUUACACAUGCGGCGACUGUCCCAUGGGUAUGGUUGGGGACGGCCAGUCCUGUGCAGAUCUGAACGAGUGUCUCCUCCUGCCAAACGAGACUGAUGCUCACCAGUGUAAGAACGCCACGUGUAGCAAUGAGGCUCCAGGUUACAGCUGUGAUUGUCUGGCAGGGUAUACCAUGCUGACAGACAACAGGACAUGUAUAGGUAGGUUUAUUUCCUGUGUAAAAGCUUCUAGAAGGGUAGACAAACAUAUCAAUCUCUGUCCAACAAACAAUUAAGAACUUAGGAGUGAA